AUAGGAUAAGUUUUAAUGAGGCAUGCAUAUUAUCACGGAAAUGUUGUUUAAAAGUAUCUUCAUUCAUACUCUCGUAGUUGAGUGACAUAAAUAGUUCUAUCACAGCUGAAUCGAUCGAAUAUCCGAGCCUGCGUAUUAACGGAGGCGCCAUGCGACUUCUCCGUAGAUUUCAGCGUCUGUCGUGAUCUCGUUCGUCGCAGUUGAGAUUUUAUUACAACGAGUCAAACGUCGAAAAAUUCUGGAUACGGGCAUAGUCAAUUCCACGUAAUUUUAACAGCAAUCUGUUUAAAAUAAGCGAAAAUGCCAUCGGUUCGCCGGAUGAUCCUCGGACACGUUAUGUCCGGCUUGUGCACCAAGAUGAAUCGUACGAAAAAGCUUCAAGGAGAUUUGCUUGAAACUCCGAUGAAACGAUGUCUCACCACGUUCGAUAUCACGCUUCUCGGCGUUGGUCAUAUGGUUGGCGCUGGAAUCUACGUUUUAACAGGAACGGUGGCUCAUAAUACAGCCGGGCCAGCUGUAAUUUUGAGCUUUCUCCUCGCUGGUUUAGCUUCUUUGUUAGCAGCGUUGUGUUACGCUGAAUUCGGAGCUCGAAUUCCAAAAGCUGGUAGUGCCUAUGUUUACACGUACAUCUCUGUCGGUGAAUUCUGGGCUUUCGUGAUAGGAUGGAAUAUUAUAUUAGAGCAUAUGAUCGGUGCGGCAUCUGUGGCUAGAGCAUGGAGCGGAUACGUCGAUUCUUUGGCAGGAGGAUCAAUCAGCAAUUACACUCGUCGAAUAAUGCAUGGAUACACUAUGGCUGAGCCACUUGGAACUAUUCCAGAUUUUUUGGCCGCUGGAUUAUGUCUAGCUUACGCGAUGUUGUUAGCAUUGGGUGUAAAAUGCUCGGCGACAGUCAAUUCUUUCCUUACCACGAUAAAUUUAGGUGUGAUGGGAUUGGUGAUUGGACUGGGCAUAUAUUACGCGAAAUUUUCUAACUGGAGCUGUGACUUCAUGCCAUUUGGAUUUAGUGGAGUGUUGACAGGUGCUGCAACAUGUUUCUACGCUUUCGUGGGCUUCGACUCGAUUGCCACUUCCGGCGAAGAAGCACGCGAUCCUGGAUACAGUAUACCCCGAGCAACUUUGUUCUCAAUGGCAAUCGUAACUAUUGGAUACAUGAUGGUCGGCGCCGCUUUAACUUUAGUUGUACCAUAUUGGGAAAUCAAUCCAACAGCGGCUCUUCCUGAGGCUUUCUCAUCGAGAGGAGUACCAUGGGCGAAAUACGUGAUAAGUGUUGGGGCUUUGUGCGGAAUGACGACAACACUCUUCGGAUCGCUGUUCUCAUUGCCACGUACAAUGUAUGCCAUGGCAAAUGAUGGCCUGCUUUUUGGCUUUUUGGGCCACGUUAACGAGCGCACUCAGGUUCCGGUUCUUAACUUGGCUAUCAGCGGCUCAGUCAGUGCCUUAAUCGCUUUGCUCUUCGACCUUCAACAUCUAGUUGAAUUUAUGUCUAUCGGUACAUUUUUGGCCUAUACCAUCGUUUCGGCAAGCGUGAUUAUCUUGAGAUAUCGUCCUGAGAAGAACACACCGCCGCCAUCGAACGCUGGUACACCAAGCAGUUUGACAUCGCCUCCUACCGAGGGUGCAGAUUCUAACAGCGAUUGUAACAGCGUAGCGUCUGCGGAAUCUGAGCUUUUAGAUUUGAGCGAGGGCACUGGCAAACUUAAAUCACGAUACGUAUGGCUGGUAAAUUUUUUGGGCAAUUGCAAGCCUGGAGAUGCAGUCACUGGUUCCGUAAUGGUUUACACAGCGAGUUGCAUUUUCUUGUGUUACUUGUUGAUGCUCAUAUCUCAAACAUACUUUGCCCCAGACUGGUGGGACUAUUUCGUUCUGGCGAACGUUGUUCUAUUGCUAAUUGGAAGUCUCAUCGUGAUCAGUGCACAUCAACAAAGUACUUCUAGUGGUAAAUUCCGCGUACCUUUGGUACCCAUUGUACCAGCUUUGAGCAUUUUAUUCAACGUAGGAUUGAUGUUCCACCUAUCGCUUCUAACAUGGUUACGAUUUCUUGUAUGGAUGGUAGUUGGAAUGUUAAUAUAUUUCCUAUAUGGAAUUCACUAUAGUAAAGAAGCGGCUAGUCCGAAUUCAUACUCGAUCUUAAUGGCAACCUCGGAAGCUGGUCGGGGUGCAAAAUGGGGCGCGACGUUACGGGUGAAUCAGAAAAGCGACAAAGUUCCGAUUUUAGACGAGGAAGAUUUCGUACAUUAGGAGCAUAAAGAGUUCGUCAGAACUAUGUAAAAAUUAUGCCAGUCAACGCUGAAUGUAAGUGAAUAAUAUUACGUAGAGGAUGGGGAAAGGAUGUUACAGAAUUUGACCAUUGUUUUCUUACGUACGCGUUAUGAAAUUUAAGUGUCCGAUCUUUGUAUAUACCGAUGUUAUGUAAAAUGCUAACUCGAAUUAUUGAUGUUCAAGAUUACUCUGUCUUUAAAUAUUAAGCAGCUGGAUACUGAAAAGAUAUCAAUGUUGGAAAGAUCAUGCUUCAUUCCGUUAUUUAUCUCGACUAAUUUUCGACAGAUUAUUAUACCAUAUAUAUUUGUAUAUCAGAAUUUAGUUAAAAGUAUCUUGAUCUUUGUAUUUUAUUGUAUUUAAUUAUAUUUUUUAUCGCGCACAAUUUAUGGUGUAUACAGUGCUUUACAUAUGUACAUUAAUUCUCACUGUGUACAGAAAAAUUUAUCUGUGUAUACCGGAUUGUACAUUGGAAUGUUUAGUUGUACGUGUAUAUUUAUACGGAUGCACAAAGAACAAAGAUUGUCGAACGAUAUAGUAUAACAGUGGAAUUCAAUCGAGUAAGGAAAAAAGGUAUCGUAUUCUUAGUACAAAUUUGAUUUCUGGAAAUGAUCGUUUAGUCCAGAAGAACAAUAAAGUAUUCGAAAUAUUUAUAAAUUUGACGUUGCAAUCAAAAAAAA